UUCUUUUCAUUACUCUCAAACCCCUCCUCCAGUGUCCAUACUUCAUUCCUCGACCAAAUGAAUCCUUCUCUUGCCCCAUGUUCCCUCUUCUUCCUUCUUCUCCUAAUUUUCAUCGUAACCAUUAGAGCCGAUGAUAGAUCCACAAACUGCAGUAGCCGGUUCAGCUGUGGAACCGUCAACAACGUUGGAUAUCCAUUCUGGGGAGAAAACAGAGCAGAAUACUGUGGUCAGCCUGGUUUCCAACUUGCUUGCCAAGACAAUACUCCAAAGCUGAUCUUCAACGCUGUCACUUAUCGGAUUCUCAAGUUCAACUUGAGUGAUAAGAGUCUCACUGUGGCUAGGGAUGAUUACUGGCAAACUCUAUGUCCAAAUCAGUACUUAAACACUAGCUUUGAUAACACCUCUUUCAAGCUUGCCGAUGGGUUUCAAGACAUUGCCUUGCUAUAUGAUUGCCUCAAGAGUUUCAAUUCAGCGGGUCAAUUCACCACUUCAUCUAAGGCAGAGUGUUCGAAGCAAAAGGUGUACUACGGGAGCUUAUCUACUUACAGUAUUGAUCUGACAGGAAUUUGCAAGGUCGUUGUUGUUCCUAUAACGAGUGCCAAUGUUAAUUUGAUAUUUUCCGAUGAAAAGGAAAUUGAAGACGCAAUAAAAGAUGGUUUUGAGAUAGGAUGGAGUGUUAACAAGGAAGAGUGCAGCAACUGCGUCAACUCUGGGGGGCACUGCGGGUAUAUUAAUAAUAAGUUCAAUUGUUUUUGCAGCAAUGGGCGUCAAGGAACGUGUUAUGCAGGAUCAUCUUCGAAUGGAGAUCAGAUUGUUAUUGCAAUUGCAUCUGCCGGUGGUGUUGGGAUAGUGAUAGUCUUGAUUGUGAUAAUCUGUUAUCGUCAUGGAAGAUUAAGAAAAAAUGUCAGAACAUACCAUGAUCACCAUGUUGAGACAUUCAUGGAAAAUUAUGGCACUUUGGCACCGAAAAAAUACACUUAUUCAGAAGUGAAAAGAAUCACAAAGUCAUUCACAACGAAAAUAGGUCAGGGAGGUUAUGGAAUUGUCUACAAAGCGACCAUGCCUGAAGGUCGUCUUGUGGCAGUAAAAGUACUAAGCGAGACUAAGAGCACCGGAGAAGAAUUCAUAAAUGAAGUUGCAAGUAUUAGUAAAACAUCACAUGUGAAUAUAGUUUCUUUGUUGGGAUUUUGUUAUGAGAAGAACAAAAGAGCAUUGAUAUAUGAAUUCAUGCCCAAUGGCUCAUUGGACAAGUUCAUCUAUAAAGGAGAAUAUUCCUUGAAUCCAAUUUGCGAUUGUGAAUGGAUGAGAUUAUACCGAAUCGCAAUCGGUAUUGCUCAAGGUUUAGAGUACUUGCAUCAAGGAUGUAAUACAAGAAUCCUACAUCUCGACAUCAAGCCACAAAAUAUUUUGUUAGAUGAAGAUUUUUGUCCAAAAAUAUCUGAUUUUGGGCUUGCAAAAACAUGCCAUAAAAAGGAAAGUAUUGUAUCAAUAUUAGGUAUGAGAGGAACUGCAGGAUACAUUGCACCAGAAGUUUUCAGUCGCACAUAUGGUAGAGUAUCAUACAAAUCUGAUGUUUAUAGCUAUGGCAUGUUAGUCCUUGAAAUGAUUGGAGGAAGAAAGAAUUUUGAUAAUCAAGCGUCACAUACCAGUGAUAUAUACUUUCCCAAUUGGAUCUAUAAAGAACUUGAGCAAUCCAAUGUUGUUGCAACAGAUAUGUCCAUCUCAAAAGAGGAAAAUGAAGUGGUAAGAAAGCUGACUUUGGUUGGUUUAUGGUGUAUUCAGACAAAUCCAAUAGACAGGCCAUCAAUGAGUAAAGUGGUUGAGAUGUUAGAAGGAUCCAGUGAAUCAUUGUCAUUCCCACCAAAACCUUCUCUCUAUUCUCCUCCAAGGCCACCCCUUCAUUUUUCAGAUGUCUCUUCCAGCAUUACACUUGAUUCAAAUUCCGUGCCAAGUGGAUGAUGCUUCCAAGACUUGAGAGGAGGCUUGGGAGCUCAAAUAGAGGUGAAUUAAGGCUCCUGAGGAUGCAGAAAAUUGGCAGCACAGACAGAAAUUCAACACCAGUUAUUAGUUUCUCCUUUUAGUUCUCUUCCUUUCUAUAUCUUUCAUCUUGUGUUUGGUUGGCUCUGUCUUUUGUUCAUGAUGUUCAGUUUAUGUAGCUAAACCUUUAUUUCAGGUUGCUGUAGCUUGAUUACAGCAUUAGUGGAUGAUGAUUUCUACCCUUGGUUGCUUCAA